AGCGUAAGCUUAGCGUGACGUCUUUUGUGAUAACCUGUGACGUCACAGCAUUCUUUUGUAUAAGAACAAGUCGUUCUCGGCAAUAAAGCAGUUGCCUUUCUGCUCCUGGAUCGUUGUCGUUCGCAUGCGUUAUCUCAACUGGCGACGAGGAUGGGAUUGCCGUAACCUGGCCUACUGGACACCAUCAACGAGGAUGUCGCGGUUCGACGAGGCCACGCUACUACCGGGGGCGCCGCUACCAUAAGGCCAACAACGGAUCCGAAAGCCAAUCAAGUAACAUUUACUUCUUCUACCAAGCCAUGUCCCGCCUCGGCAAGCUAGACGAGUACGACCCUAAAGGUCAAAACUUCGAAUCCUAUGUCGAACGAUUUGAGCAUUACGUCAGGGCAAACGAGAUAGCUGACGAGAAGAAAUUGUCCGUUUUCUUGACAGUAAUUGGUGCAGAAGCGUAUGAAGUUCUCAAGAACUUAGUUGUUCCAUUACUGCCCGGAGACAAGACCUUCGCGGAAGUAAAAGAGCUCUUGCAAAGCCACUACAGCCCGAAGACGUCUGUAAUUGCAGAAAGGUGCAAAUUCAACCGCCGAGUGCAACUUGACCACGAAAGUGUCGAAGAUUUCGUGGUAGAGUUGAAGCAUCUAGCCAGAAAAUGUGACUUCGGGGAAUUUCUCCGGGACGCCCUACGCGACAGAUUGGUAGCCGGGAUUCGAAGUGAAGAGACUCAGAAGGCGUUGUUCACGGCGGACGCACUCACCUUCGAAAGGGCAUGCAAAAUAGCUCUUGACAGUGAACUGGCUGCGAAACAAACAGCCACAAUACAAGCAGGAAGUCGGGCAGAGAACAUAAACGCAGUGAAAAUGAAAGCUAACGAGCACCAGCGCAGCGACCGGGACCAAGCGAAGGCUAAAAGUGCGACGCGAAACAAGGCUAAGAAACAAAAAUGUUACCGCUGUGGCAAGAUGCAUGCGCCAGAAAGUUGCUGGUAUAAAAACUACUCGUGCAAGCUAUGUUCAGAAGUUGGACACCUUCAAAACAUGUGUCGGGCGAGCAGAAGCGAGCUGAAGGCACAUGCAGUAAUGGAAUCGUCAGAAGACGAGGAGCACACUCUGUACAACUGCGCUGAGCAACUCGGUACAGUCGACACAUCUGUGAAGAACGGUUACGUGGUGACUGUAAAUGUGGAGGGACAGAAAGUGUCAAUGCAGGUGGACACGGGGGCCGCAGUGACAGUUGUACCUGAAAGUGUGUACAAAGAAAGGUUUUCGCAUGUGAAUUGUGAACCAAGUCAGAUUGUUCUAAAGACGUACACAGGCGAGAAAAUGGAUGUCGUAGGGCAAUGUAAUGUAACCGCGAUCUAUGAAGGGCAGAGGGCGGUUUUACCAAUCGUUAUCGUCAAAGAACAUGAGCGCGAGUUACCUGUAUUGCUAGGACGAACCUGGCUUAAUAAGCUUCGGCUGAAUUGGAAAUCGCUUUGCAGUCAAGAUAUGUUCAACAAACAGCUGAACAACAAGUGGCAGAAAGAUAAGCACCGGGGUACUGAACGUGGAUUCCUCGUGGGGGACAAAGUGUUUGUCAAAUGCGUUCGUGGUGAAAAUGUGGCUUGGACAGACGGCGUAGUUGCGCAGAUUGUGAGCCCAGUGACAUAUCUGGUGAAUGUGGCGGGCGAAGUGCGCUUUGUGCAUGCUGACCACUUGCGUCACUCCUUUGCGAGACCUGUCUCAGCUGAAUCAUUGCAGCUACUUCCCGACAGGAUGCGCCUGGCCGAGCCGCAGCAACCGCCAGAUACAGAUCCCGUCGUCACCCCUACAGGGCUCCCGACGACCACCGCACAACCCAUGGAAUCCGCAUUGCAGAACACUAUGCAGAGUCCAACUUCCAGGGCAUCAACCGACUCGCCGACUACAGCACCAACUACGACUUCCCACCAGGACACAUCCCCAGCAGAGCAGAGCACAGAAGUUCCAAGCAAGCCCGAAGCCAUGCUUCGACGAAGCGGCCGUGCGCGACGUCCGCCGGAUCGGUUUGGAUAUGAGGACCUUAGGAAGUGA